GGAGAAGCAGCCAACUGACAGCCACACCCGACUGGAUGCGCUGCCAUCCUGCACCGCAUGCUCCAUGAAACGGAGCGGGCUAGAGGCCGAUGAGACGGCGGAGGACGUGUGCCGGCGCCGCUUGCUGCAGGACAGCAGCUGCUGCCUGAACCAGGAGCACAGCUCCUCAGUGGUGCAAAGUCGCCGCAGUCGCCCAGGAACGGCCUGGGAGUGCAGCAACGCGAAGGGCUGCCUUGAUGAGACCGAAGGCCUCAGAGGAGAGGAUUUGAUCUCUAUCCCGUUGGAGGCCAAUUGUGAUUGCCGGAUCCUUUUCGUGCAUGGCGGCGCCUGGUACUACGGGGCCCCCUGGACGGACGGCUACAGCAGUCUCGCAUCUAGACUGGCCAGCAUGACGCGGUGCAUCGUCAUGGUGCCAGACUAUCCGCUACUCCCAGCGGGGAGCGUUCAUUCGAUUUUGGACGCCGCGGUGGCCGCGCUGCGGCACCUCGCCUCAGAGGCCCUCUGUCAGGGCACAGGUCCGGUGAGGAUCUUCCUGGGGGGCGACUCCGCGGGCGGUGCCACCGCACUCAGCUUGCUCUUCCGCCUGCAGCAGGCGGCGGAUCCGUUGAUCCCCCGCGCAGAAAUUGCCGGCGCGUUCUUUUGGAGUCCUUGGACCAACCUGGCAUGUGACACUCCGGAGUACGUGUCGAAUGCGUACUCCCGCCUGGGCGCGGGAUCGGCCGCCCACACCGGCGAUAUCCUUUUCAGAGACGAGCCCGCGACAAGCAGAGCUCUGUUCGGGAACAACUCCCUCGCCUACGUGGGAGGCGACACGCGCUUGCUCCGGGACGCCCUGUACUCGCCGUUCUUUGCCCACAAGGAGCUACUCGCGGGCGCUCCUCCGCUGUACUUCGCGGUGGGUUCUGCGGAGGCGAUCCUGGGGGACUCCACCAUCCUGGCCCAGAAGGCAGCAGCUUUUGGUGUCCCGGUGGUCCUCGACAUUUUCCAAGGCAUGUGGCACGACUUCCCCAUGUACUCCGAGGGCUGCGGGGCCUCGCUUCCCCUGUGGCAAGGCCAGCGCGCCUGGAACAAUACUGCGGAGUUCAUCCGAAGCGUCGCAGAGGCGAGCAACGUCGGCGGAUCAGCAGGUUGGCCAUUGACUCGGUACAUCUAUGAUGAGUCCUUGGCCCAUCGGCGGGGCUGGUUCGCACAGGCGCAUUCCUUCGCUUGGAAGCCAGGCAGCUCGUGCACAUCUGGGAGCUGGCUGGGCUCGCUGAGUUGGCUCCUGUUGAUCUUGGCCUCACUGGCUGUUGCGAUUUGCUUCGCGGAGACCUUCCUGGAAGCGAAGUACCGGCUGCUGGCGACGCUCGAUCGGCGCUUCCGGAAGCGGCGCGCAUUCGCGGAGGAGCUGGCGCCCUUGAUGAGCAAGCACUGACAGCUCCGAGCGCUGAAGAUUUCGGCGUGCAGCCGAUAAGUAAAGUGUACAGUGUAUGUUAAACAGAUACCAACAUGAGAAGGCAAGCAGGAUACCAAAAGGACA